AUGGAUCAUGGUGUGCACGGGCGAGAGGUAGUUGAGAGUGACCUCGCUCGUGAUGGUGUUGGCCAGCGCCGUGCCGUCGGCGCCGGGCUUGGUCAGCGUCGCGAAGUUGGUUGUGUUUUGAACCCCUGCGUUGGCGACGAUGCAGUCCAGCGUGGGUCCGUCCAGGUCCGCGACGUCGUGCUCCUCCACGCCGAUCUUGUCUCCAAACCGCGCCGCCAGCUCGUCAAGUCGCUCGCGACGUCGACCGACAGCGACCACGAAGAUGCCAUGCUCGACCAUCCGCUCCGUCCAUGCCCGGCCGAUGCCCGCCGUGGCGCCGGUGAUCAGCACGGUCUUACAACGGUCAGAUCUGUGCGCGUAGAUUCCAGGAGAAAUUCGAUGUGGUGA